UCUGUGCUCCAGAUUUCCUCAUGAUGACAUUACGAUCAACCCCGGCUUCGUCUUCAGCCCCGUCAUCGCCCAGAGGGACGGCGGAGGGGACAACAGCCACUCUGUCAAAGUUUCGAUCGAAAUCUCUGAAUCUCAGCAGCCUGUGACUUUCACCUGUGAUGUUAGUUCUCCAGUGGAGCUGCUGAUCAGUCAGACUCUCUGUUGGGUCCAUGAUGAUCUGGACAAGGUGGACUUCUCUACUUACUUGCUCAAAGUCUGCGGUCGGGAGGAGGUUCUGCAGAAUAAACACAGCCUGGGCAGCCAUGAGUACGUCCAGAACUGCCGGAAGUGGGAGAAUGAGAUCACUUUACAGUUACUCUCUCACUCAACCAUGAGGAGGGACUUGGCACGCAGCGAAGAAGAUGACAACUCUCGAAUAAACUUGGAGAAGCAUCUUGGCCAAGUGGAGAGGCCUUUUAAAGAAAAUGUCACAAGACAAGGCCUUGCCGACUAUUUGGAAGGCUAUCACAAUCAAGUCAACAUCUGCUUACAAAAUGAGAGUACCCAGUACAAGACAGUGGACCGGGUGGUGCAGUGUGUGAAGAACUUGUGCCUCGCUUUAGACGAGGUGGAGACUCAGGCCGUUACAGAGGCUGUCAAAAGACUUCGUCACUCUGUCAAUUUACCCAGGACACACUCACCCAAGUUAGGGUCCCCAUCACCUGGUCAGCCAUCAAUUAGUGGCUCCAGUCCGGUGGAGGAGAGCAUCGCUUUGUUGACGAAGGCCGUCUACGACCUGGCCAAGCUCUACCUGCGCUCAUUCUGUCCUCCAUCAGUGUCUUUCGACUCACCUCCUUUGCCCCAGGCCGCAGCAGAGAGUGAAGAGGUGGAAGGGAGGAGCUGCAAAGAAGCUUCUGGCACCACAGACCACCUUCAGUUUACUCUGUUUGCUUUGCACGGCAUCCCAGGAAACUGGGUCAGCAGCUAUGAGAAGUACUUCCUGAUGUGUUCUCUCACCCACAAUGGAAAGAACCUGUUUAAACCAGUUCAUUCGAAGCGAGUGGGAACAUACAAAAACUUCUUCUACCACAUCAAAUGGGAUGAACUGAUUAUUUUCCCCAUCGCAGUAGCCGUGCUCCCGCUGGAGUCGGUCCUGAGCCUGACUUUGUUCGGAGUGCUGAACCAGAAUGCCAACGGCUCACCAGAUUCCAACAAACAGAGGAAAGCUCCAGAGUUUCUGGGCAAGGUCUCUAUGCCCCUCUUUGACUUCAGACGAGUUCUCGCAGGAGGCACCAGGCUGCUGUGCUUGUGGACAUCUCCACUGGGAGCACCUGCUGCUGCUGCUGCUCCUACAAGCAGCCGCAGGAGGUUACCUACAGAAAGAAUCAUACUGCAGGUGGACUUUCCCAACACAGCAUUGGAUGUUUUGUAUGUUGGACCCAAGCAAGCCCCCAGUCCUGAGCCCCACACACUGGAGGAGCUGGACCCAGACCUCAGACGGAAGCUGGAGAAAAUCUGCAGCCGAGCCUCCAAUUUUGGCCUGAAGCGGUCCGAUCACCAGCUCCUAUGGGACCAUCGACUCCACUGUCGGCGGGACCACCCCAGCAGCCUUCCCAAAGUGUUAGCCAGUGCGCCCAGCUGGGACUGGGCCAGCAUGGCUCACAUUCACUCCCUGCUGCACCACUGGCCCACCCUGCCCUUAGUCACUGCACUGGAGCUGCUUGACUCAAAGUUUGCAGAUACUGAAGUGAGAAGCGUGGCUGUGAGUUGGAUUGAAAAGAGCAGCGAUGACGAGCUGGCUGACUACCUGCCUCAGCUUGUCCAGGCACUGAAGUUUGAGUGUCACCUAAAGAACGCACUCGUUAUGUUCCUUCUGUCCAGAGCUCAAGGCAACAUUAAUAUAACCCACCACCUGUACUGGCUGCUGAAGGACGCUGUGCAGGAUCCGGCCUGGGGUCGGCGCUAUGAGCAGGUGCUGGGAGCCUUGCUGUGUCUGUGUGGAAGCAAGCUGAGAGCAGAGCUGGACAAACAGACUCAGCUCGUCAAUCUGCUGGGAGUCGUAGCCGAGAGGGUCCGACAGGCUGGUGGAUCGGCACGUCAGGUCGCGCUUCAGGAGGGUCUUGAAAAUGUUCAGAACUUUUUCCACAGAAACAGCUGCCGACUGCCUCUUAGCCCCAGCCUGGUGGCUAAAGAGCUCAACAUCAAGGCCUGCUCCUUCUUCAGCUCCAACGCAGUUCCGCUCAAACUGGCCCUGAUCAACGCAGACCCUCUGGGAGAGGAGAUCAAUGUCAUGUUUAAGGUGGGAGAAGAUCUGAGGCAGGACAUGUUGGCUCUUCAGAUGAUUCGCAUCAUGGAUCGCAUCUGGCUGCAGGAGGGUCUGGACCUCCGUAUGGUCAACUUUAAAUGCAUCUCCACUGACAAGGAUAAAGGUAUGGUGGAGCUGGUGCCAUCCUCUGACACCCUGAGAAAGAUUCAGGUGGAAUAUGGUGUGACUGGAUCUUUUAAAGACAAACCUCUGGCAGAAUGGCUCCGCAAAUACAACCCUGCUGAGGAGGAAUAUGAGAAGGCAUCAGAGAACUUCAUCUACUCCUGCGCCGGCUGCUGCGUUGCAACCUACGUUCUCGGCAUCUGUGAUCGCCAUAACGACAACAUCAUGCUGCGCUCCACUGGUCACAUGUUCCACAUCGACUUCGGCAAGUUCCUGGGUCACGCCCAGAUGUUUGGUAGCUUUAAAAGAGACAGAGCUCCGUUUGUUUUGACCUCUGACAUGGCGUAUGUCAUCAACGGAGGCGAACGUCCGACCAGUCGCUUCCAGCUGUUUGUAGAUCUCUGCUGCCAGGCCUACAACCUCAUCCGCAAGAACUCUGGGCUUUUCCUCAACCUGCUGUCUCUGAUGACGUCAUCAGGCCUUCCAGAGCUGAGUGGCUCUCAGGAUCUGAAGUAUGUGUUUGAUGCUCUGCAGCCUCACAACACCGACGCUGAGGCCACCAUCUUCUUCACGAGGCUGAUCGAGUCCAGCCUGGGAAGCAUAGCCACCAAGUUUAAUUUCUUCAUCCACAACCUGGCCCAGCUGCGCUUCUCGGGCCUUCCUGCCAACGACGAGCCCAUCCUGUCCUUCUCUCCAAAGACGUACACUUUGAAGCAGGAUGGACGCAUCGUCCACGCCUCCAUCUUCUCCUUCCAGAAGAGAUACAACCCUGACAAGCACUAUACAUAUGUGGUGAGAGUCCUCAGGGAAGGUCAGAAUGAGCCUCAGUUUGUUUUCCGCACUUUUGAUGAGUUUCAGGAGCUUCACAAUAAACUCACCAUCCUUUUUCCACUGUGGAAGCUGCCAGGCUUUCCUAACAAAAUGGUGCUCGGUCGCACCCAUAUUAAAGAAGUGGCAGCCAAGAGAAAGUUGGAGCUCAACAGCUAUGUGCACAACCUGUUGAGAUGCUCCACAGAGGUCACACAGUGUGACCUGAUCUACACCUUCUUUCAUCCCAUCGCUCGAGAUGAGAAGACGGAGGACUUGGAGACCACGCCCAGAGCGCCUGAACCUCCGCUGAGCCCUACCUCGGGUCGGGUGGAAGGAGAAGUGAAGCUCUCGAUCUCCUACAGGAACAGCACUCUGUUUAUCAUGGUCAUGCACAUCAAAGACCUGGUUUCUGAAGAAGGAGCAGAUCCAAACCCGUAUGUUAAAACCUACCUGCUUCCAGAUCCACACAAGACGUCCAAACGCAAGACAAAGAUCACCAGGAAAACCAGGAACCCCACCUUUAAUGAGAUGCUGGUGUACAGCGGCUACAGCAAAGAAACGCUCGGCCUGCGGGAGCUGCAGCUCAGCGUGCUCAGUGCCGAGUCGCUGCGUGAGAACUACUUUCUGGGCGGCAUCAGGCUCCGACUCAAAGACUUUGACCUCAGCAAGGAGACGGUCAAGUGGUACAAACUGACGACCGUUCCCUACUUCUGAGCCCCGACCUGCCUCUGACUCCGCCCCCUCGGCAACAACCUGAAGCAUUCAGAUCGUAUGGGAAACGCUGCAGCGGAGAGCUUACUUGAAAAUACUGGUCACCUCAACUUUUACAUCAAAAAUAUGCUACUCCACGACAUAUAGGUCUGGAAAUGGAUUCAUAUUUUUUAUUUAGUUGGGAUUAAUAUCGCAAUUGGAAAUUGAAGCGGUAAUAUUUUGCUUUUUAAUAUAAAAAACUUAACAUUUCUGUCCCAUCUUGUGGGUAUUAAGAUAAAUUGAUGUAUUAUAAAUUACACACUGACUUCCCCUGGUUCUAAUGAUUGUUUUCAUGAUAUUGCAUAUUAUGUUGCUUUAGAUGUUGCUCCCAUAUGACAUGAAUGUGUUCAGCGUUUCCUUUGGACACGCCCUCAAAGAGGCAACAGAAACAAAUGUACAGAUCCUAAAAGAGGAGCCUUUUUUUCCUGUUUUCACUUUGCUUUAAAACUCGUUUGUGACAAACAAUCUCCUGAGUUUGUCUCGCUUUUCUUAAGUGUAACAAAGAUCUGAAAUAUUUUGUACAUUUUGAUAACAGAGGACCAAAUGGCUUACUUUCAGAGGAGUAUCUGUGUAGACUGACAGGUUUUAUAAGAAGUAGAAACUUUCUGUGGUGUGUAUAUAUAAAGAAGAAAAAAAUCAGGGUUUUGUCGAACAGCCCAUCAAACGAGAUGAGAGACAAAUCAGUGAGCUGAAGAAUCCCCCCAUCAAGUGCCAAAACUAAUUUAAAAAAAUGGGACCGAAAUACCAACAACUCUCUUAUUGGGAGCAGAUCAGGGUGCCUUUGUUCUCAGAAUUUCUUCUGCGAUGGUCAACUUAGCCUUAUUACUAAAUGUAUUUUCUUAAAAAUGUAAUAUGUCCUUAUCAAAGAAAACAAUAUAUAUUCUCUAAAGCUAUAAAUGUAGUUUAUUUUUUUUUUUUUCAGAGCUGGUCUGGUGUCGGACUAGAACCACAGAUUUUUAUAAAAAUGAUUUGUCCCUUAAUACACACUACUAGGCCUUGUAAUAUUUCUUGACUGUUGUCUCAGCAGGAGGGGAAAGGGGAAAAUAUAUCAUCUGUUUGGAAACACCAUUGUCAGUCUCCUGAAUGAAGAAAAUGGUUGCCUAAUAAUGCUGAUCACAAGUCAGCGUCUGAAAAAUCAGAAAUUAGAGUCCCUCCUGGAGUUUGUACAUGAAAUGGUGCGAGCUCGAGCACCAAUAUCCCACACACUCCCGAUGCUUCAAAAUGACCAGGCAUGAAAUCAGCAACAAGUGGUGCUGAAGUCCAGGAGCAGAAAGGUUUUUUUUUUUUAUUUAAAUGAGGAAAUAAUCUGAAUGUCUUGUUCAAUAACUUUGAUGUAAAACAUCUUCACAAGAAGGGAACAAUAUCCUGUGCAAGAUAAAACCUAUAUAACUAUAAAUCUAAAAGUUGUGUUCAUGUUUAAUAAAGAAAUUAAGAUAUUUUUUCUGAAAGUGUUUUUAAAGAUCUAUGACACAUAUGUCACGCUAUAAAUAUUACUGCCUUGAUCUGCUAUUUUAGUAACUGUACAAAGAAAGCAAAGAGUUUGUACUAACUUGGCCAGUAAUUUAUUUUUAAUUGGUGACCUCUAGCCUGAAUGAAUCAAUGUGUACUGUAAUCCCUCGAUUUCAUAAAAGCAAAUUAAAUGUUUUUGAACAAGUA